GCGGUAGAGGAGAAGGCUCAGCCGCAGCCAUCGAGGGCGGACCAUCGGGGAGCGCCGGGGCACCAGUCAGGCACCUGCCAAUUGGAACUCGCCAUCGGGGAACGCCCCGGCAACCAGUCAGGCCCACCCAUCGAGGAGCGGAUCACCCUGUCCCCACCGCGCCCUUCCAUAAGGGCUGGUUGGCUUCCUGGCCUCACGAGCCCAGCCUGCCCGAGUUCGGGUUCCCCGGGUUCGCCAAACCCGUAUCAGGGACGCCCACCAGGAGUCUCGAAGGACCCCCGAAAGCCGUUCCCGACCCCUGGGACGUCAUCCGGACCGAAAUCCGCCACCCGUCGGCCGACUCAAGCAGAAAAAGCUUCCACCAUACUCCCCCGCGGGCUAAGCGAAAGAUCCGGCCGAGCAAGCUCGAUCCCGGUCCCCUGCCGCCCACGAGAAGACAGGGCACAGGAUGCUCCCUCAAUACAAUCGCCGACCAACGGGUUCCUAAACACGCCGCCGACCCUUACGUCCGGUGGCAGGACACCACCAACCCUAACCCGGUCCGAGCGGCCCAGUGGAUCACCCUCCUAGGGGGCUGUCCGGCCCCGACCUCGGAUCAUUUUCGUGCGGCCUGGACAGCCCCUGUAGGCCCGCAAUUCCGCGACCUGCCGGAGCACCGGCGUGCAAUGGUCGCGAGAUUGUCCCCCAUCCUGCUGGAGCACCGGCGUGCAAUGGAUGGAGGAAGACCCACCCCGUCCUGGUUGCCGGUGGUAGAAUCAAAAUCCUCUAACGGUCCCGGCCGACCGGGCGUUUACAGUCGCCAUCCCCUAGCGGCUGUUGGAGUCUGGGUGGCCGAAGCCAGACCCAGACUCCUAGCGGGGCAGCCGGUCUCCCGGUUUUUUGUGGGAAGGGUUUUCCUUCCCUUAGGGCCGUCGGGAGAGCAAAGGCCCAUCCCUUACGGCCCCGCCUGGGCCGAGCAAACUUAUUAUAGAAGUCGCCUACCUCGCGAGUCCCCGAAGGGACUCCCUGGUCCCCGCCAGCUCAAAGACUGACGAAGAUUAC